AGCCCUAAGUUUUGUCCGUCUUCCACAGCUUCAGAAACCAAAUGACACAAAUACCAAUCCAACGACCACCCAUUUCACAUCCUUCCUGCUUGGCUGUCGAGAAAUUCUUCAGAAUUCUUACAAGUACUGGUUUGUUACCCAACAAAGACGCUUGGUAUAAUAUUCUCUUCUGGGUGUUGCUAACUUCUUUUUCUCUCUUUCGAGAUUGAAUCAACUGCAAUAUGUCACUUGAGAUUCAGAAUUUUCCUUCAAUCUUCAAUUUUCCUGUGUUUUCUCAGCAACCGAACGGGGAAUUUUGAUUACAUAAUUAAUUGAAUAGGGUUGAAGAAAUGGCAUCUGCUAAUGCUUUAGCUUCCUUAAAUAAAAUUUCCCCUUUUCUUUCACCUCAAAGAAGAUACAAAUUGAUUAUUCCUCAAUUAGGUCAAUACCCUGUAAGACCUUGUCCUUGGAUUUAUACCACAAUCUGCAACAACCGAAGCUGUAAAAGUGCUAAUUUUGUGGUUGCGAAGCCAAUUAAAGGCAGAAUUCGAGAGUUUAGGCUAUUAAAAUCUGUAGAACUGGACCAGUAUAUAACAAGCGACGAUGAAGAUGAAAUGAGUGAAGGGUUUUUUGAGGCAAUUGAAGAACUAGAGAGAAUGACAAGAGAACCCUCUGAUAUUCUUGAGGAAAUGAAUGAUAGGCUUUCUGCAAGGGAGUUACAACUAGUUUUGGUAUAUUUCUCUCAAGAGGGAAGAGAUUCAUGGUGUGCGCUCGAGGUGUUUGAGUGGUUAAGAAAGGAGAAUCGGGUGGAUAAAGAGACGAUGGAUCUUAUGGUUUCAAUUAUGUGUAGUUGGAUAAAGAAGUUGAUAGAAGGGGAUCAUGAUACUGGGGAUGUGGUUGACCUAUUGGUGGAUAUGGAUUGUGUGGGGUUGAAGCCGAGCUUUAGUAUGAUUGAAAAGGUUAUAUCUUUGUACUGGGAGAUGGGAGAGAAGGAAAGAGCGAUUUCAUUUGUGAAAGAGGUUUUGAGACGGGAAAUUACCUUUUCCAAAGAUGAUGGAGAAGGUCAAAAGGGAGGCCCUACUGGGUAUCUUGCAUGGAAGAUGAUGGUUGAUGGAAACUAUAAGGAUGCUGUGAAAUUGGUUAUCAAUCUUAGAGAAUCUGGGUUGAAGCCAGAGGUGUACUCCUACCUAAUUGCAAUGACAGCUGUUGUGAAAGAGCUCAAUGAAUUUGCAAAAGCUUUACGCAAAUUGAGAGGUUUUGCAACAUCUGGUUUGAUAGCUGAACUUGAUCCUGAAAAUUUAAGGAUUAUUGAGAAAUACCAGUCAGAUCUUCUUGCUGAUGGAGUAUGUUUGUCAAGUUGGGUGAUUCAGGAGGGAAACCCUUUGCUUUAUGGUGUCGUUCAUGAGCGGCUUCUUGCUAUGUAUAUUUGUGCUGGUUGUGGACUAGAUGCUGAAAAACAGUUGUGGGAAAUGAAACUUGUAGGUAAGGAGGCUGAUAGAGACCUGUAUGAUAUUGUUUUAGCUAUCUGUGCUUCCCAAAAAGAGGCCGGUGCAAUAGGACGAUUACUUACUGGAAUAGAGGUUACAACCUCUCACCAAAAGAAGAAAACCUUAUCGUGGUUGUUGAGAGGUUACAUAAAAGGAGGACAUUAUGAUGAGGCUUCAGAAGUACUAAUUAAAAUGCUCGAUUUGGGUUUAUGUCCAGAUUAUUUAGAUAGAGUGGCUGUGCUGCAGGGACUGAGAAAAAGAAUCCAACAAUGGGGAAAUGUGGAAUCUUAUCUUAAGCUUUGCAAGCGUCUGUCGGUUUCAAAUUUGAUUGGACCACCUCUCGUCUAUCUGUAUAUAAAGAAAUAUAAGCUCUGGAUCAUGAAAAUGCUUUGAGAGACUCCUUUAAUCCUACGAUGCGUGUAGAAGUUGAACCCAGAUUUGUUCCGAAAGCAAGGUCUUCUGGGUUAAGAAUGUAUAGAAUUACUGUUUUCUGGGAGUUUUGAGAAAUACAUUUUGUAUAGAUUUGAAUGGAUUAAGAGCAGUGCGGUGAUGUUCUGUACGCGAGUCUCUGAUGUAGAUGAAAUGGGAAGACAUAUCAAGUGUUGUGUUCUUGGGGGUCAUUUAAGUACUUGUAUAUGGUGGAUGUUGUAAACACAAUAAUGAUGUCCAUCCUGUAACUAAUGCUUAACAUAUAAAGUACAGACAUGUUUUGUAUAUUUCAUAUAUUUCAAUGUCCUGCAUUCCCAGAUAUUGUUAUACAUAUGUAGACCUUUCUGUCAA